AGAAGAACCCGUGUGACGCGUGAAGGAGCGCGACUGACCUCCCGUCCGGAGCCGACAUUGAAGCCUACUGCCCGGUGUGUGUGUGUGUGUGUGUGUGUGUGUGUGUGUGUGCGCGCGCGUGUCUGUGCGUGUGCGUCAUCCUCUCUCUGUGCCAACCGGCUGAGCGCGAGGGGCUCACAUGAACGGUACCAUGGCUGCGAGCUCAAACAGGAUAAUGCUGGGCCCGCUCGUGGCUGCAAUCGACCAGGGCACGAGCUCCACCCGGUUCCUGGUGUUUAACUCGAAAACGGCGGAGCUAUUGAGUCACCAUCAGGUGGAAAUCAAGCAGAGCUUUCCCAAGGAAGGAUGGGUGGAGGAGGACCCGAAGGAGAUCCUGCAGUCGGUGUACGAGUGCAUGGACCGCACGUGCGAGAAGCUCACCCAGCUCAACAUCGACAUCUCAAACAUCAAAGCUAUCGGAGUGACGAAUCAGCGAGAGACCACCAUCGUCUGGGACAAAGAGACCGGGGAGCCCCUAUACAACGCCAUCGUCUGGUUGGACCUGAGGACCCAGUCCACGGUGGAGCGGCUGAUCAGCAAGACACCAGGACGCAACAAGAACCACUUAAAGCACAAGACGGGCCUGCCGAUUAGCACCUACUUCAGCGCGGUGAAGCUGAAGUGGCUGAUGGACAACGUGGAGGAGGUUCACCGCGCGGUCGUCUCCAAGCGCGCCAUGUUCGGCACCGUGGACUCCUGGAUCAUCUGGUGUCUGACCGGGGGGAGGUCCGGGGGGGUGCACUGCACAGAUGUGACCAACGCCAGCCGCACCAUGCUGUUCAACAUCCACACGCUGGACUGGGACCCAGAGCUCUGCAAGUACUUUGACAUUCCCAUGGAGAUCCUGCCCAAAGUUCGGAGUUCCUCUGAGAUCUACGGCCUCAUGAAAAUAGGUUCUAAGCUGAAAUCGGGAGCCCUCAACGGCAUUCCCAUUUCAGGGUGUCUUGGAGAUCAAUCGGCAGCGCUGGUCGGACAGAUGUGCUUCCAAGAAGGACAGGCCAAAAACACUUAUGGGACGGGCUGCUUCCUGCUUCGCAACACUGGCGCUAAGCCGGUGAUGUCGGACCACGGCCUUCUGACUACGGUGGCCUACAAGCUCGGCAGGGACAAACCAGCCUGCUACGCACUUGAGGGCUCUGUGGCCAUCGCCGGGGCCGUGGUACGCUGGCUCCAGGACAACCUGGGCAUCAUCCAGACCUCGGAGGAGCUGGAAAAGAUGGCCGCCUCCGUCGGUACCUCCUACGGUUGUUAUUUUGUCCCAGCGUUCUCCGGACUCUACGCCCCCUAUUGGGAGCCAAGUGCAAGAGGGAUCAUUUGCGGGCUGACGCAGUUCACCAACCGCAAACAUGUGGCGUUCGCAGCCUUGGAGGCGGUGUGCUUUCAGACGCGAGAGAUCCUGGAUGCCAUGAACCAGGACAGUGGCAUCCCACUUAGCCAGCUGCAGGUGGACGGGGGCAUGACCUCCAACCGGCUGCUGAUGCAGCUGCAGGCCGACAUCCUCUGCAUCCCUGUCGUGAAGCCGUCAAUGCCGGAGACCACCGCCCUGGGCGCGGCGAUGGCGGCCGGCUCAGCGGAGGGCGUGAGCGUGUGGAGCCUGCGGCCUGAGGACCUGAGUGAGGUCACCUCCGAGAAGUUUGAGCCGCAGAUCAACCCCGAAGAAAGUGAAUUUCGGUACGCACGCUGGAAGAAGGCGGUGGAAAAAUCCAAGAACUGGGAGACGACGGAGCCCGUCGCCAACGGCAACGGCGAGACCAGCAUCUUCUGCAGCGUCCCGCUCGGCUUCUACAUCAUCGGCAGCAUGCUAAUGCUAGUCGGCGCCAAAUACAUAGCAGGUCACAGCUAAGGUCAAACCCAGAGAGACCCGGGAGAGAGCAGAGGGGACAACGGUCUCCCGCCAAAAUGACCUCGUUCCCCCCCCCAUAGCAGUCGUUGGUUUUCUCUCCUUCCCUUAAAUUUCUUUCCGGAACCCAGAGGUGACCUCACCACCCCGGAGUGUACAGAUGCUUCCUAUUGGACGGAGAGUUCGGAGAGGGGGGUCGGAGCUGAGCUCCUCUGUGACAUGAAAGACGCACAUAGACAAUGAAUGGGAAUGCGCUCGCACACCAACAACACAGCAUUUAGGUUAAGGUCUGAACGCGAUCUGACACAGAGCUUUCUGAAAGUGUUUUGGUUUAAGUGUAAAUGUGAAUGGAAAACAGGGAUGGGACUUAUGUUUUUCGGCACUGGUUAAGAGUAAUUAAGUUAUUGUUAUAGUUCUCAUCAAUGUUAACUAUUAUUUGUCUGUCCUACCUUUCUGCACUUGGGUGUUCCAUGAACGAGAAACAAUCGACAUUCAGAGCACUUUACGUGUGUGUGUGUGUGUGUGUGUGUGUGUGUGUGUGUGUGUGUGUGUGUGUGUCUCUCUCCCCUGUCUGUGUGUGUCUCUCCCGUCUGUGUGUGUAAAUAGUUAGUGGAUUGUUUUAUUAGGGCAAACCGUCGCACAUGACACUGAAAAUGCAUCCUGUUUCAGAAUGUCGCUGUGUGUGCCAUUGUGAAACCGCACCCAAGCAUCCAGUGAAUAAAUGCAUACAAAUAUGUUGUGCGA